GUUAUCCGGAGGACAUGACAAGACAAUACAUAGAUCUUUAGUUCAUCUUCAUCGCCAGUUCCUACUUCUAACCCCAAUUACAUACCACUUACGACAAAUGGCUUAUCUCAAUCUCACCUCCUCCAAACUCCGAAACUAUCCCAACUGUCAAUGGCGUAUCCUGGACACUGUAUCAGCCGUCUUCUCCGUCGUCGCCAUCCUCUUCUUCAUCGUCCUUUUCCCCCAUUGCUGCUUACAGUUACAGCAACCAAAACCCUCAUGUGCUCCACCACCGCCAAUCUCAAACAUUACCAUCAUCUCGUUGAGUUAAACAAUGUAUACCAGAAAUAUACCUACUUUUUGUUAUAAAAAAAAAUGUACUAGGAUGACCACUCAGCUACCCCUUUAAAGCAGCAUAACUUCCUCUUGCAUUCUGAACUGUAAAUCAGCCAUGGCUGCCACAUCAUCUUCUUCAACCUUGGAUAUGUCCAGUGGAUUUCCACCAAAUCCACCUCUUAAACCUGAUGAACUCCAUCACUGUGUUCAAGCUCUCAAGUUUUUCAAGGAGAAACGGACCAAUCAGUUAUCAAUUAUCAAAAAAGAGUUCACCAAUUUGAAGGGCCAUGUAUUGACAGAGUCAGAAGUCGAUAGUAUUUGCUCUGUGGCUAAUAUACAUAAUCACAAAAACCGCUACCCUGAUGUUGUACCAUAUGAUUCACACAGGAUUGUUCUUGAUGACAUGUCAUCAUCAUCAUCACCAAUGGGAUACAUCAAUGCUAGUCUUAUCACAGCAGAAGUCAAUCCAUCUGAAAAUAUAUCACGAUUCAUAGCCACUCAAGGCCCUCUUCCUGAAACUUUUGAAGAUUUCUGGGAAAUGAUACUCCAAAAUCAUUGUCCAGCAAUUGUCAUGCUCACUCGCCUUGUUGAUGCUGACAAGAUUGAGAAAUGUGGAGACUAUUUUCAGUCAGAGAAUGGUUUGAGAUUGUUUGACAAUAAUAUACGCACUUUUACUAGAACAACAACCACAACAAACACUUCACUUGUGUUGCGUGAUAUGGUAGUGAAUUAUGAAGAGGGUGGUCCUCUUCCUGUAUUUCAUAUUCAAUAUCAUGAAUGGCCUGAUCAUGGAGUUCCAAAUGACACGUCAGCUGUUCGAGACAUUUUUAGAAGAUUACGUCAGUUGCCAUCAUCCAAAGGCCCGAUUUUGGUGCAUUGCAGUGCAGGAAUCGGUAGAACUGGAACAUAUUGUGCAAUUCAUAACACAAUUCAAAGAAUUUUAAUUGGUGACAUGUCUGCUUUGGAUCUUGUUAAAACCAUAGCCACUUUUAGGUCACAAAGGAUGCGAAUGGUUCAAACAUUUGAUCAAUACGUGUUCUGCUAUGAUGCUAUAAUUGCUGAACUUGAAGACCUUAUCUUGGAUUCCAACACUGAAGAGAGCUUAAAAUGAUUGAUGAUGUCCAGAUUCAGCAAAAAUUUGAUGGCAUCAUUGUUGUGUGUGGUGUGUAAUAAGGCAAUGUGUUCACUCUUUGUUUUCUUGUGAAAUGACAUCUAUAACCCUCUUGUCCCAGGGUUUAAUUGGUUGUUUUAUCAGUUUAUACAAUAACGUAAUUUAUAACCA